CGCACAUGCUUGUCACGGACUGGUGAACCGUAUCGGACUGUUGCUAGCAUUGUUUGGCUACGACUUCGAUGCUGUUGCAUUGAAUGAGUGAGUUGUAGUCGUAAAAAGUUGCUGAUUACACCUAGUAUGGUAAACGGCUUCUCCACCUGAUCCUCUCAGCUCUUGGCAGUGUGACUCAGCAUAUGGGCUCGUCACUGUGUUCGACAAUCCACACUUUCCUACAUUCCACCUUUAGAUCGCUUAACGUUAGGCCUAUGUUUCGCCUUUUCUAGCAAUACAAACUAAUGCUUGUCAAGUUGUCUUCAUUGAAGACAGUGAUUUGGCCCUCAGCCAAGUAAUUAAACCUCAGCCUCAGCUCAUCAGAUUUUCAAGUUGUAGGCCUAACAAUAUAGACCUAGGCCUGCCAUCCAGAGUAUUCAUUGCCAUGGCAACCGAACAGAAUCUUGACCUCUCACAGUUUCUCAUCCCAAAUGAUGUUCCGAUCGUGCCUCUGGAAUGCACAAAAGCUUUCCAGGAUCUUACGCCACAGGAGAAAAAGUAUGCCCACUAUUUGGCCAAAGCCUCAUGGAGCGGGGGACUAAUUUGCCUGUUUCAGACCUCACCCGAGUCACCAGUCAUCUUCCUCCUACUGCUGAAGCUGUUUAAGGCGGAGCCUGUGAGUGCCUUGAAGGAGAAGGCAUUGAAUGCUGGUCUCAGUGAGAAUGAGUUUCAGGCAUUUCUGACUUACUCUGCUGCGUUCUUUCACAACUUGGGCAACUACAAGUCCUUUGGUGACACCAAGUUCAUCCCAGAUCUGCCAAAGGAGAAGUUGCUUAGUCUAAUCAAGGUCAGCGCGGCCUAUUCAUCGGACCCGUCCCAUCUUGACAAGUUGAUCUCCCUCUGUGGGGAUGUGAUCUUCUCUCUGGCUAAGAAGGAGCAGCAGAUGGGUCUGGGAGAUGAUGGCAUAUCGACUUAUUUCUCUUGCAACUGUACCAUGGCUGAUGCAGAACUGGCCAAGAGAUUCAUGUUGGAAAAGAAAAUUGAUGCAUACAAUACUCGUCUCUUCAAGUCCAACAAUGGUGAUGGAAAGGUUGCUUAUGAAAUUCGGUUGGCAUCUGCUCAGACUGGUACAUCUGACAUGGAGAGUUUGAAACUUGGUACCUAUGACUUUGAAGAUGUCAGGGUAAGUGUCACUAGGGGUGAUUACGCACCACUGAUGAAGAUGUCGGCAGACAAUCUGCUGAAAGCUGCGGAGAAUGGGGCUAAUGAACACGAGGUGAAGAUGCUGCAGCUAUACGCCAGCAGCUUCACCACCGGACUGCUGCAGGAUCACAUGGAUGGAUCGCGAAGCUGGAUCAAAGACAAAGGACCCAUCGUGGAACAUUACAUUGGCUUCAUCGAGACCUACAGAGAUCCCUUUGGCAUGCGUGGUGAGUGGGAAGGCUUUGUGGCCAUCGUCAACAAGGAGAUGAGUGCCAAGUUCGGCAAGCUGGUGGAGAACGCCGAGACGUUCCUGCCCCUCCUUCCUUGGCCCAGGGACUAUGAGAAGGACGUCUUUCUCAAGCCUGACUUCACCUCGCUGGAGGUCCUAAGCUAUGCCUCCAGUGGCAUCCCAGCAGGCAUCAACAUCCCGAACUAUGAUGACAUUCGUCAGAACGAGGGGUUUAAGAAUGUGUCUCUAGGCAAUGUCCUGUCGGCGCACACCAAAGACCAGAAGAUUACCUUCCUGACGGAGGCUGAUAAGGAGCUGUAUGGUCGUCUGAAGGGACCGUCCUUUGAAGUACAGGUUGGCCUGCAUGAGCUGCUGGGCCAUGGAAGUGGGAAACUCUUCACACAGGAUGAGAAACAGAACUUCAACUUUGACACUGAGAAUGUCAAACACACAGAGACAGGAGACAAGAUCAAGAGCUGGUAUCUAUCUAGUGACACCUACGACAGUAAGUUUCCUGUCAUUGGCUCUUCGUAUGAGGAGUGUCGUGCCGAGUGCGUUGGCCUGUACCUAUGCCUCUGUAGGGAAAUACUCAAAAUCUUCGGUCACGAAGGCAGUGCUGCUGAUGACAUCAUCUACAUCAACUGGCUAAACAUGGUCAGGGCAGGGCUUCUAGCAUUGGAGUUCUACACCCCUGAGACUCAGACCUGGAGGCAGGCUCACAUGCAAGCUCGCUACGUCAUCCUGCGCGUGCUGCUAGAGGCAGGCCAGGGGCUAGUCACCAUUGAACAGGGAACCGGUGAGGACGGACGCCCAGACGUGACUGUACUUCUGAACAGGCAGAAGAUAGAGACAGUCGGCAAAGAAGCUAUAGGCAACUUCCUCAGGAAACUGCAGGUCUUUAAAUCAACCGGUGACUACGAGAGUGCCAAAAUCAUGUAUAAUGCGUACUCGGCAGUCCAGGACGACACAGCGGAGCGAUUCCUGUCAUUAAGACAGGUGGUCUUAUCAAGGAAACUACCGCGUAGGAUGUUUGUCCAGGUGAACACCACUGCAGAAAGAGAGGGUGCCAUUGUCCUCCAUGAGUACGAGUCAACCGCAGCUGGCAUCAUCCAGUCUUUUGUGGAACGCUACCCAGGGGCUGAGUACGAGCAAAUCGUCAAGGACCUGUGGGACAAGGACAGGCAGCAUUUCUACUAGAUUUCCCCUGGGGCCAGAAGGAAGAAAGAGGCAGGGUGUAACCAGGAAUUGAUGGCACAAAUUUAAACAAGGAUAUUAAGGACUUGUCUAGUCUUACUUAACUGUGCACAUUUUGGAGAAGUGUCCCUUGGACUUUGAAAAAUGUUCACAUGGCACUGACCACCGAAAUCAGUGAAUACACUUUUUUCCCUUUUUAGUACUCCAGUUUAUGGGGGCUAAAAUUCUUUCCUCAUGAAAACAUCUAAAAGACGUGAGAUGUGAACCUAUUCAGUGCUGUUACUGUUCAUGAAGCGGAUAACAUUCGGCGCCUCAUACAUGUAAUAAUUUGCAAUAUGUUUUUCCCAUUAGAUCGGCCACAUUCAUAUUAAUGAUGACUUUAUUCAUGGACAUGUCCAAAGAAUACAAUGGAGCAUGGAGAGCCAUAUAUAGCCCCCUCUGCCCCUUUGAAUUCAGGUCCGAGCAGAGGUCCGAGAUGUCUGAUGCAGCUAGGUAAAGUCACAACACUUAUUUCACUCUUCAGCAAAACUGUUUCAAAACUAAGGUUUGCCAAACCUGAGAGUCUUCAUUUGCUCUUGACAGAAAAGAAGUCUUCUGUAUCAGCCACAUUACUGUGUCUUUAUGUACUGAUCAUAAUCAAAUGAUCAUUAUUUUGAAUAUCAUGCACAAACUGCAUGUUAAAUGCCUGAAAUAUCUGCUGUAGCUCUUCUUUUGGUAUAAUGUCAUUCAAAGGUUACUCAUUUCAUACUCUAAAUGCAUUCAGGGAAUAAAGAUUUGGUUUUAGAAUACCUGUUGUUAAUUUAGCUUCUCAAGAAUCAUCAAAAGACGGAGUACAUGUGUACACUGAAGUAAUGCAUAACUUAAAACAAUGAGGGAAUAUUUUUGUGCAACCCAAGAUAAUUAUCAUGAAUAAUAAAGCAUUUGCUCCACAAUAAAUCAGCGUGGCAGUUAACUGAAUGUGAAA